AUGAUUCCCCAGUCGACUUUCCAGUUUACAAAGGAGAAAGUUCUUCCAUCAUCAGAUCCACGGUCUCCUUUCUACUACAACUUACCACCGUACGAUUCCAAACCAAUUGACAAUUUGAUUGAGUUUUUCAAGUUGUGGAAGUAUUUCAUCAAAUCAAUCAUCUACUAUUUCAAAGAGAUUCUUCUUGUGAAGGAGCUAGAAGCGAAUUUAAACUAUCAAUUGAUUAGUGCAGUACAAUUUCCUGGUUGUAAAGACUUGCCUCAUAGAAUCCUUCAUGAUAUCAGGUUGAACACUCCAGGAAUAAGUGGAACUUUGCUGCCCAAGAACUCUACCCCAACCAAGGAAGUCAAGAGGAACUUGUCAAGUGGUAGCUUAUCGUCAAUGAAUGCAAAUGCCAGCACUGCAUCUUUCACUCCCACCACACCUUCAAACAUUCCAUCGGGUCCAAUAACUUCUUCAAGCGCUGGUAUUUCGACUUGUGGAUCACCAAUGCAUCCAACACAUCUGAAGACUACAGGUUCACUCACAGAUAAGCAGCGCCCAGGGUUAUUCAAGUCCAAAUCCAACUCCAAUCAGUCGUUUUUGAAAAAUGCUGCAAACAACUUACACAAGAGGAACUCGUCAUUUGGUGCAGUAAAGCAACUAGGCGGUGGUCAACAGCAGCAGCAGCAGCAACUGCAGCAACUGCAACAACUGCAGCCACCGUCGCCUCAGCUUCAAGCCACUGGUGCGUCAACGCCUCCAUUGUCAUACCCAGAAGCUAUCAACACCAAUGAUGUGAAAAUCCCACCCACUUUUUUCCCCGACAAUUCUCUCUACACCAACUUGCCUGCGGUUCUUUUAAGUUCUCAUCAUGUCGCAUUCAACAACAGUUUUAAACUCCGCAAAGAUCUCAGCACAAAGAUAAUCCCUCGGUUGGAAGUGUUGUUGAAGCAAGUUUCCCACAAGAUCAAGGAGAUUAAAACUUCACUCAAGAACGAUGCGUUUGCAAAUGCGGAAUUGCUGAGGGAGAUCUCCAAGACUGGUCAAAUUUUGAGUAGAUACACUGCUGCUGUAGAGUCUUAUUGUGGGAGCAAGCCGGUUGUCAAGGGAUACUUGCGUGACUAUGAGGGAGAAGACGAGGAAUUUGCAGCUUUGGAUGAUCCAUUGUUGGUGAAGUUGGAUGUUGACUCUCGGUUAAAGAAGCAGUUGCUUUUUGAAAACUACAUGAUUGCCUCGUAUGUCAAUUUACAAAACAUUAGUAGGGACUUGUUCACUUAUUUAUUGAAGGAAUUGAAUUGGGUAGUUGAUAAGUUUGGCAAGUUGGAUUUCAACUCGGAGUUUUAUCAAUUUUUGAAAACAAAGAUCAGUAGUUCUUCGACUGCUGAUUGGGAGUACUUUAUCACACACAACAACUGCUUUGUCAAUACAUACUACGCCACUGAUUUGAACCCCAAGAGAGAAAACCGUACCAUCAAGCUGGUUGUGUUGCCGUAUGCGGAUUCGAUACAAAACAAGUGUCUUCGGUUUGGAUUGAUGUACAAGAAACAGAAGCUUAUGAAAAACUAUACGCGUCACUACUAUAUCCUCUCAUGCAACUACCUUCACGAGUUCAAAUUCAAUGAAGAGAUUAACCAACAAAUGAAAAAGUCAAAGGAUAAAAUUGGGGGAUUUAUUGGAUAUGAGGAUGAGCCUGUUAAGUCUUAUAAUCUCAAUGAUUAUGACAUUGCCGUUAAGGACGAGUCUUCAUUUAAAUUUACCCUCACUAAGUUGUCCAACAAGUCCAAAAAGACAUUCAAAUGUGCCACUGCUGAAGAUUACAAAUCUUGGAUUGAAGAUUUGUCGGAAUUGUUGAAAUUUGGAAAUGACCAUUAUGCUAGGUUUGCAUUUAUUCAGAGAAAAGCAGAUCAAAGUAUACAACCAGUUCGAAAGUCCAAGAAACAUGCUGCUGCAGCUGGAUUGGCGUUGGAGUUGGGCAAUGCUUCGAACCCAGCAUUGUCGGGAAUGUUUACGCCCAAGAUCAAGACACCAAAUGAGUCGCCAUUUCAAGAGGAGGAGGAGAAUCCAUUUGAUGGAAUCUCUGCAAUACCGCAAGGGCAGUCAAACGUUGGUCCUAGGUCAAAGAGUGUGUCUACGUCUCCACAAAUGGCAAUGACACCACCACCCAUAAAUGUGGCUGCUUCACCUACUAAUGCCACCACCUUUUCAGCAACAGAGCAUCAAAAUCAGCAUGAAGAGUAUAUGAGGUUACAACAAGCUCUUGUACAACAAGAGACGGCAAUUUCCAACCUCAAGUCUCAGGAAGAGCAGAAUAUUGAGCUUAUUCAAAAGAAGUUGCAAAAUAUUCAUGACCAGCAAGUACGUCUUGAGGAGCAAGAGCAGCAGCAGCAGCAACAGCAGCAGCAACAACAACAACAACAACAACAACAACAACAACAACAACAACAACAACAACAACAGAGGAGCAAUUCCGAAUCUUCUGGCUCUUCUUCUCCUUCAAUCAAAGGGUUGGGUGUACAAAAGCCGUCCUCGGAUAGUUUAAACUCGUUCAUAAUUGAACCCAAGUCGGUGCCAAUUGCGCAUGCUGCUGUUAAUGCGCCUCCCGUGUUUACAUUUGGUGAUGGAGGAGAACAUCAAAGUGGAGAGAGUGUUGAUGCUAAUGGAAAGGCUAGUGAGAGGAAGGAGUCGAGUAUCCCCACAGUGUUUGUAUCGGAGGAGUAA